CGUAUCAUUCAGUAGUGAAACCUGCUCGGGUGAAGACUUAACUGGAACCUGUCGUCGAUACAACACCAACAGCGCUCUGACAAGAAUUGUUCGGACCCUCCGAUUGCAUAAAUAACGCAGCCACUGGAAUUAUUCGAUUUUAAUGAGGGACGUAGUUUUGUCCGUGGAAAACAAAAAUGGCAAUCUCAUGUAAAAUGGAUUACGAUUGUCCUAAUGGACAAUACUGCUAUGACUCUUCUUCUUGUGUCAAUUUUACCCGAUGUAUAGCAUUCAACCGUCAAGAAGCUGCAGUUCCUGCACGCGACGGUUCUCAGUGUGGACCUUGCUUGAAAGGAUUUUAUGCUGCAAUUCUUGAGGAAGGAGUUGAACAAUUUUGUCAAAAAAAUCCGAUUCCACACACAGAAAUAGACGCAGAAUACAAUUGGGAUAUUAUUACAAUAUGGUACAUUGUUUUUGCUUUGAUUUUGAUAUUAAGUCUCAUAUAUAUCUACUUAUUCUACACUAAAAAACAAUACCCUGCACAUAUAAGUGAGGUCUUCAAAAAAAAAUAUUCUGAAAUAAAUGAACAAAAAGUAGCAUUUCGUCAGGAAAACUCAAAUCACUUUAUACCCAAUGCACCAUCAGAAGUACCAUACGACGUACGCAACGAAUCUAUUGAAAGGAAUGAAGUAUGCUGCCAGCCAUUUUAUAAUAAUGGGACAGCUAUAGUUAAUAAUAAAUCGCAAAACGCUGUUCCAUUUCAGCCACCGAAUUGGGUCGAAAAUGCAGAUUUAUCGGGUGAAACCAACAAUAACGCCCAAUACUUUGCUCAACGUAACAUAUCUCGAAUUAAUCGUUUGUCAGAAGCAAGAAACGAUCCUGAGAAUAAUGAACAACUAGCCAUCCUGAUACCAGAACCAACUGUGGAACAUGAGGAUAACGCUAGGAACACUGCCCUAAUGCAAAUCAACGAUAAUGCUGACGAUACUAAUUCUACUAAUUCUGCUAAUGAUGAAAGAAAUGACAACGGAAAUAGAAAAGAUGGCACUAAAGUCAAGACUGUAGUGAUUAAUCAGAAUAUUACCAUGAAUGUGAACGUGUCAAAUUAAGAAAAUUAUUGAUCUACAGGUUAGUGUUGAUUCACUAACAUUGCAAUAUUGUAUUGUGCUACUAGUCUUUACUAUACGCAUAAUAAUAUAAAAAAACAUUCAUACAUACCCACUAAGCAUUGAACAAGAGUAGAGUAACAUUACAUUAAUAGGUGCGUUCAACAAACUCAACAGUUGCACAACAGUUGAGCAAUUUGUCAAUGUAAUUGGUUUAGAUUUAGGGAUCUAACAGUAAGAACCAAUAAUCGCUGAUUGCUCACUGAGCGCUUUUUCUACUGAACGCACCUAAUGUUAUAAUGUCUCACUUAACAAUGUAUCUGUUACAUACAGGGUAUUUACGAAUUCCACCGACAAACUGAUAGGAUGUAUUCGUGGUCAAUAGAGAAUCAAAUUUUCAUUAUGUUUGGUCAGAUCUGCCUUGCUACGGAGUUAUUGAACGUGAAAGUCAGUGAAAAUGAAAUAAGAUUAUUAUCAGUCGCUUCGCAAAGACAAGUCUGAAGUCAUUAUUAUUCUUCUUCUUUUGUUUUUUACAUUACGCUAUGCUCCUUGUCAAACAAGUGAUACGCAAGCUCUUGACGCUUAUUUUCUUAUUCUCAAUAUGUUUCUGGAUUCUUCCGCGGUUACGCCGCUCAAUGGUCCGCUGAAUUGUGCAUUGAAGUUAAUGGAAAAUUUCGAACACUUGUUGUAACUGCUAACAAUACUCAAGAAAGUUGUUUUGCACUCUCUGUACCAAUGUCUUUUUUACCAGAACGUUUCAUGACUGCACUGACUUUCUCACCCGAUAUCUCCGUAGCGAGGCAAAUCUUACCAAAUAAACAUGGUGAAAAAUUGAUCCUCUAUCGACCACGAAUACAUCUUAUCAAUUUGUCGGUGGAAUUCGUAAAUACCUUGUAUAAUGUGUUAUAUUGUACUUAUAUUAUUAAGUGGAAAAAAAAUUAUAACAUUAACCUUUAGACUGCCGGGAAAGCCACUUUUGUGGCUUUUGAGUUUGGGUUAAAAUACUACUAUUUUUAGUGAUAUUUUAAAUACUAAAUAUAUUAAACAUAUAUGUAUAUAUAUAGCCUAAACAAUGUGUCUCCCCAGUGUCCGCUUCGCGCUUGUUCGCAUUUACGUCGCCGAAACAUAUGAACUGAUUAUAAUACUCCAUUAUGCAUAACACCCUUUUUUAAAUUAUCAUUUAAAAGAAAUUUUAUCAUAAUUCAUAAUAAUUUUAUCACAAUUUAUCAGAAAAAAGUUAACAUAAAAAAAUCAAAAAUAUAAAAGUAAAAAAAUUAUAAAAGAAGCAAAAAAGUAAAAAAAAUACAUAAAUUAAACAUUAAAAAACCAAACAAAAAAACUGCAUGAAUCUAUAUGUUUAUAUUUGUUUAUAUUUGUCAAUAUUGCGCUUAGAACUCAAAAUUUCAUAAAUUUAUGCUCAGAAUUGGUAUCAGCAAUACUAAAAACACUAUAAUACACUAUUUUUUUAAAAAUAAACAUUUUUAUAUUUGAUCAUGCGUUCCCUGCUGAGAAUGCCACUUUUGUGCCUUUGCACAAAUCUUAAAAUUUUAAACCAUAUGUAUGUUACUUAUACAGACAAAUUUUUUUAGGAAAAAACCACUUUUUUAAUGAAAAAAUGCCGGCAGCCUAAAGGUUAAUGCAACGUUAUUAUUCAUGUUUACUGGGGAUACCCAGACAACUAAUGUCUAAAAUCAGGACAUAAAACGUUUUAAAGAUCAUCUUGAAAAUGUCUCAAACAAUUUACGUAUAAAUGUCUUUAAGGCGUCUUAAAGAUUAUAUUUAAGACGUCUCAUGUCCCGAUUUUAAACACUAUGUUGUCUGAGUAGCAAUUGUACAUACAAUAUAUCUCACAGUGUUGGGAAAGUUACUUUUUAAAAGUAACUUAUUAUCGUUACCGUUAUUUUCGGUAAAAAGUAACUCGUUACCGUUACUCGUUACUGAUCUUAAAAUAUAACGCGUUACCGUUACUUGAAAGUAACGAUAUUUUACUUCAUUACUUUCCAUUACUUUUUCUUGGUUUAAAUCCAGAAUUAUAAGAAAGGAGCUAAGGUAAAAUAUAAAUUGGACAUAAGAUUAUUAGAAAUAUAUUUAUAUUUAAAUA